CUCACUCCUCGUUAACUCACAACACAACAUAGAUUUCUGCUAACCUUUGCCAAUCAUGUCCUCAUCUCCGGGCUCCGCAAUCGCCGUUUCACUCGUCUUCUCCCUUCUUUUCUUCGGCCAUUCGGCUGCCGUCACGAGGAACUACAAGUUUGACAUACGGCUGCAGAAUGUGACGAGGCUGUGCUCGACGAAAAGCAUAAUCACCGUCAACGGAAAAUUCCCAGGGCCGCGGAUUGUUGCCCGGGAAGGCGACCGUGUCGUGAUUAAGGUCGUCAACCAUGUGCCGAACAAUGCCUCGAUCCAUUGGCACGGGAUUAGACAGUUGCGAAGCGGAUGGUACGACGGGCCAUCGUAUAUCACCCAAUGCCCGAUCCAAACGGGGCAAAGCUACACGUACAACUUCUCGAUCAUCGGCCAAAGAGGCACAUUGUGGUGGCACGCGCACAUCUCGUGGCUCCGAGCCACUCUCCACGGACCGUUCAUAAUCCUCCCGGCCAAGGGCGCGUCGUAUCCGUUCCCCAAGCCCCAUAGAGAAGUCCCCGUCAUCUUCGGGGAGUGGUGGAAAGCGGAUACAGAAGCCGUGAUCAGCCAGGCCCUCCAGACGGGAGGUGGGCCUAAUGUGUCAGAUUCUUACACCAUCAACGGCCUCCCCGGGCCGUCGGCAAAUUGCUCGGCCAACGAGACUUUUAAGUUGAGGGUGAAACCGGGGAAAACGUACCUCCUCCGGCUCAUCAACGCUGCGCUCAACGACGAUUUGUUCUUCAGUAUCGCUAACCAUACAGUGACUAUCGUCGAAGCGGAUGCACUUUACGUAAAACCAUUCACGACGGACGUUCUCGUGAUUGCUCCUGGACAAACGACUAACGUCCUCCUCCACACGAAGCUGAAUCCGACAAAAAUGACGUUCGUAAUGGCCGCCCGGCCGUAUUUCACCGGACAAGGCACGUUCGACAACAAUACCGUCUUCGGCCUCCUCGAGUACAAAACCCCCGGGGCAUCGAACCCUUCCAUCUUGAACCUCCAAAUCCCGACGCUUCCCCCGAUCAACGGAACCUCGGCCGUCGCCAACUUCAGCAACCGGUUCCGAAGCCUCGCGAGCGCGCAAUUCCCGGCCAAUGUGCCGCAACAAGUCGACAAGAAGUUCUUCUUCACGGUCGGGCUCGGUAGCAACCCGUGCCCGAAGAACCAAACUUGCCAAGGCCCGAAUGGCAGCAAAUUCGCCGCGUCGAUCAACAACAUCUCGUUCGUGAACCCGACGAUCGCCAUCCUCCAGUCGUACUUUUCCGGCCAGGCCGGAAAAGUCGUCACCACCAACUUCCCGGCUUUUCCACUGAUCCCGUUCAAUUACACCGGCCCCCCGCCGAAUAACACGCUCGUCAUCAACGGGACGAAGGUCCUCGUGGUGCCGUUCAACACGACAGUCGAGGUGAUACUACAAGACACGAGCAUCCUCGGCGCUGAGAGCCACCCGUUCCACCUCCACGGCCACAAUUUCUUCGUCGUCGGCCAGGGAUUUGGGAACUUCGACCCGAACAAAGACCCUCAGAGCUUCAACCUCGUCGACCCCGUUGAGAGGAAUACGAUUGGCGUCCCCUCCGGCGGUUGGGCCGCCAUUCGCUUCCGCACCGACAAUCCAGGUGUGUGGUUCAUGCAUUGCCAUUUUGAGGUCCAUCUGAGCUGGGGAUUGAAGAUGGCAUGGCUGGUGUUGGAUGGAGAACUGCCCAACCAGAAGCUGCCUCCUCCACCGUCGGAUCUUCCCAAGUGCUGAUCGUGGCCGUUGGAUCCGAUUGAGUUCAAGAAUUUAAUUUAUGUCCUGAGAUUUUUCUGGUGUUUUGGUUUUGGUUUAAUUCGACUUUCGAUAUUUUUGAAGUGAGUGUGGAUUUUAAUUUGUGCUGUGUUUUUGUUCUUGUUUGGCUUUAAUUAAUAUAUGUGUCUGUUUUGUCUGUCUGUCUUCCCAUGGAAUAAGAAACAAAUUUGGACUUCAUUUUUUUUGUCACAACUUUGUCGAAUAAAUUACUUUUUUUCUAGUUUAGGGGAUAAAAAUUUGAUAAGUAAUAAAAUUAUACUCCCAGAUACCA